AUGGUAGUUCCUGCAAUUGCCUGUAUUGCAAUCAUAGGGAAGAAUACUUCUGUCGAGCAGGACCUAGGUCUUCUACAGGCUGUAGAUGAGAGACUCGCUGCCUAUGGGUGGCUCACAAAUACGGGGGUGAAGUUUUUGAUCCUUGUCGAUAUGGCAGGACGGCACAUGCCAGCCGAUGCUGAGAGAGGCAGAGUUACCACAGUAUCGGGUAUCAAGGAUUCGGACUUGAAGCCCGCUUUUCGAGCGCUACAGACUGCAUAUAUUCAACUUCUCCAGAACCCAUUUUACACUCCUGAUGAACAUACCCCUACAGCAAAGAUGACAUCCGCAGGAGUUAGUUCGGCAAACAUUGCCAAUCAGAGAUUUGUCGCAGAGGUUAGACGAAUUGGCGAACUUUGGGCGCCCGGCCUUUCUAAAAUUUGA